CGAUCUACCCACAUCGGCUAGACGAAAUGGCUCCUCCGGCGAAGAGACGAAAGCUCGACCCACUCAGACGCCAAAAACCUGUCGAAGAGCUCACUUUCAGCAUCGAUGCACGACAAGAAUACCUCACCGGCUUCAGCAAGCGAAAGCAAGCCCGAAAAGAGCAGGCCCGAGAACAUGCAAUCCAAAUGACAAAAGAGGAGAAGGUCAGGGAGAGGAAGGAGCUCCGCGAACAACGCAAAGCGGACCUCGAAUCACAUGUAGCAGAGGUUAACAAAGUCCUGAAACAACAAAACGCCCUCGCAAAUGGCCGAGAUGUGGACGAUAUUUCGAGCUCCGACGAUGAAUUCUCUGGGUUCGACAACGAAGAUUCCGCUGCACCAGCCGUCGCAGAGGUUGAGCUCCCGGAUGAAGCAGAAUAUGUCGACGAAGACAAAUAUACUACUGUGACAGUUGAGCCUAUGGGCGAAACAUCUUCAGAAGAAGAGGAAGAUGGUGAAGACGGGAAAUCUAAAGAUGUGUCCAAAACAACAAACUCAGAACCUGAAGUCAAGAAGAAGAAACGACCUUGGGAUAAGACAGGCGACGGAGGUGUCAAGAAGAAGAAGCAGAAGUUUCGGUAUGAAAGUAAAGCGGAGCGCAGUCUAGCAAGAUCGAAACAGAAGUCGAAGAAUUCGAAGGCGGCCAAGGAGAGGAAGGAGAGUGGUGGGGGGAGUAGUAGCGGGAAAGGCGGGAAAGGUGGAAGGAAGAAGAAGUGAGAAAGCCAUCCAACGAAGGGGAGAUCGAUACCAUACAACUCCAGUCGUCUGUCAUUCUCUCGCAUCAUGGACGCGAUCGAAGCCGAAUUUGAUGUGCUGCUUGUGCAGUGCAGUUUGGAACAGCCAAUUUCUUCGGUCACAACAAUACCCUGUCCUAAUCUGUUCUCUUUCAACUACCCGGCACUGCACGCACCGGAGACCGAGUGCGCUGCGCCGCCUACGCAAUGUGUUUUGCAGCGGAGUUCCUCAGUAGCGGACAGCACGCAAAGGAGUAACACCGUUCGGAUUAACCACAGAGUUCUCCGAGAAUUCUCCAAACAUGGCGCCAGCAACUGACUCUCCAUAUACGGCCGCUUUCGAGGCCAAGCGGGGCCAGCACGUCGAUCCGAUCGGUGAAUCCUCGAUUCAGAAAGGCCCUUCCUCAAAAAUGUUUCUUUCCACAACGCCAUCCUUUGACAAUCGACUUCAGCGUUUACCCAUUUCUUACGAGCCUAUGGU